AUGGAUUCCCUGAUAAACUCGAAAAGCCAUACUUCUCUAUCUAUGCUAAUCACUUAUACGCUUGACGUGAAUUUAUUCGAACCAGAUCCCUCCUCGAAGACGUCGGCGUAUGUCUAUGCAUCGGCUGCGGCUAGUGGAGCUAUGGAUUUGGGCCUGAUUCCUGAUUCGAGCGCCUUGGCGGAUAGGAUUAGCAAGGCUUCGAUUGCCGCCGGAGCUUCUGAUGUUAAUAAUAACACCCUCCAAUUUUGCAAGGAGCCAAUUGUGCCUGGCGUUUCGACGGCAACAUCCCCGCCCGUGCCCUGCGUGAUCAACGCCGACAUUGUGCUCGCUUAUGAGCAAGCUUUUUACGAAGCUGAUGCGCUGAGGAUGUUGAACUACAUCCUAGGCGGACUUUUCGCGUCUCCGUAUUAUCGAUUUGGAGGGGAAACCCGUAUGGUUACGGUGCCAUAUCCAUAUGAUGAAGCCCUAUCGAAGAUGGACGACAAUUUGGGAUGGGACGGAUUAAAGGACCUGAUGAUCACCGCCAACCGUACAAUCUGGCCAAGCCGACCCGCCGACCCCUACCUACCGACAACAAUCUUCACAGCCGACCACGAGUUCGAGCAGUCGUCCCUCAACCGCAACAGGGUCAUCUUCUUCUUUGGGAAGGAAGACGACACGGUGAAGUACGCAGAAGGGUAUGCGGAUGUUGUCAAGGAGGAAGGGACCCGGAUACUGACGCUCUCUACUCUUAAGGCCGAUUUGGGCCCAUUGGCCUCGCCGGGGUGGUCGUUUUACAUCGAGGAUCCGGAUAUGGCGGGAAAUAUGAGUGAUGUGAUUGCUGAUGCGUUGCUGGGGGCUUUUAGUAGUUGCCAAGCCCCAACAUCAACCCAACUCCCGCCAACCAGCUCUCCCUGCACCCUUUUCAUUAACGCCGACAUCAUCAUGCUCAUCGAAAUGAACUUCCCGAUCUCCCAAUCAAACGUGCUUCUCGAGGGUGCAGAAGACAUCUUCACCACCGCCCCGAAUAAUUACCAAUUCGGAGGGAAGACUCGGGUUGCGGGGCUGGCCUAUCCGAGCCUAGACUCCACUGAUCCGCUAGCAGAAAAUCUUGGGGCCCUCACCGCCGUCGAAGGAGCUUUCCCAGACCCGACCCGAAAUCGUGUCCUCAUCAUCGUCGGCAAAAACUACACCACAGUAGCCUCCGCCGCACCCAUCGCCGACCAAUUCAAAGCCGGGGGCAUGGCGGUAAUCACGGCCUCCUACGAUAGCAACGGGUUGAAGCCGCUCGCUACUCCGGGGCUCGACUUCGAAUUCGAUACGCUAUUUGCGUAUUUGAUACCCGGGGAAGUGAACGAGGCUUUAGUGAAGCGUUUCCCAUCCUGCAAAACUCAGCCGGUGCCA